AUGGACCAAAUUAUAAAAAGUUCAGAAGCAUUUGAAUUGUUUCGUUAUAUUCGCGACUUCACAACUGGAAGGAAAGAAAGGUCUUCAGCAUCAUUUCUGGAUGAACCUGAUGUUGUUGUCGACAAAAACGAGAAGUCCCUAAGGGAUUCAAAGUCAAACUCAGAAGGGUUCAAUGAACCAGACAAGUCAGCUAACUUGAUUACAUGGGAAGACGUAGAUAUCUCAGAUCAUCCAAAAAGAUGGCCGACACUACUGAAGCUAUAUGUUACGACAUGCGUUUGUUUGCUAACGAUUGCUACUUACAUGGGAGCGUCAAUCAUUACCUCAGGACUGGAUGAAAUUAAAGACCAUAUGCAUGUGGGAAAUGUUGCUGUCAUGCUUGGACUUUCUCUCUUUAUUGUUGGAUACUCCGUAGGUCCACUGUUUUUCUCACCACUCACUGAAAUCCCUCAAAUUGGAAGACAAAAAGUCUAUCUGAUUACCUUGGCAAUUUACAUAUGUUUACAAAUACCUACAGCUCUUUGCUCGGGGAUCGGUGCUUUGCUUCCUUUACGCUUUUUAGCUGGAUUUUUCGGUUCUCCAGCACUUGCUACUGGAGGUGCAACGAUCACUGAUAUGUGGGACAGUAAAUAUGCACAGUAUUUUGUUACUUCAUGGUCGCUUUGCGCUUUUAGUGGUCCUGCAUUAGGUCCUCUAUUUGGUGCCAUUAUGGUGGUUGCCAAAUCUUGGCGAUGGCAGUUUUGGUUUUUAAUGAUGCUUUCUGCGGCAGUAUUUAUUCUUUUCUUUCUUUUUGUCCCGGAAACAUCAGCUUCGAACAUAUUAUAUCGCAAAGCCCAGCGUUUACGAAAAAUAACAAACAAUCCCCACCUCCAAACACCAGACGAGUUGCAAUAUUCACAAAUGAAAAUCUCCAAGUUACUUAUGGAGAUCUUUCUUCGGCCAAUAAUUUUGAGUAUUCGUGAGCCAAUUGUCCUAUCUUUGAAUCUUUACCUCGGCUUGGUUUACUCUCUCAUGUAUCUAUGGUUUGAAGCUUUUCCCAUCGUUUACAUGGAACUCUACCAUUUCACUUUAAUAGAAAGCGGUUUAACAUAUUUAGGAAUCCUUAUUGGGACGCUCUUGCCAACUCCAUUUUACUUUUAUUAUUUGCACAAAGUACUAAUUCCCAAGCUGACGAAUAAUUCAGGACGUAUAGUGCCGGAAGAAGUUUUACGAGUGUCUUUUCCGGCAGCUUUCUUUUUCCCAGUAUGUCUUUUUUGGUUUGGUUGGACGGCACAGCGUUCAAUCAAUUGUUUUUCUUCCCUAGUAAGCACCCUGCUGUAUGCUGCAGGAUCCUUUCUUAUUUUUCAAACUUGCUACCAAUACCUCGCUUCUUCCUACCCAAAGUAUAUUGCCUCUGUCUAUGCAGGAAACAACCUUUGUCGCUCCUUGAUGGCGGCUAGCUUUCCGCUUUUUGCACGCGCUAUGUUUAAAAAUACAGGUCCUUCUUAUGCUCCUGUAGGCUGGGGUUGCACUAUUUUGGGUAUUAUUACUUGUAUAAUGUUCCCUAUUCCCUUUUUGCUGUAUAAAUAUGGACUAAAACUUCGGAUACGAUCGAAUUACGCUACGAACUAA